GUGCCUUUUUCCCCUUUCCACCACCAAGCAGCCGACCCCACGCGCAGUCAUGGUGUCCAGGAACAAGAAGUGCCGCAAGUUGCGCGGCCACGUCAGCCACGGUCAUGGCCGCAUCGGCAAGCACCGCAAACAUCCCGGUGGUCGCGGUAACGCUGGUGGCCAGCACCACCACAGGAUCAACUUUGACAAAUACCAUCCUGGUUACUUUGGCAAGGUUGGUAUGCGCCACUUCCACCUGACCCGCCAGAAGUACUUCAAGCCCACGAUCAACGUCGACCGUCUGUGGUCCCUCCUCCCCGUGGACCUCCGCACCGACAUGCUGAAGAACGCAUCGGCCGAGAAGGCCCCUGUCAUCGACUGCGUCCGCGCUGGCUACUUCAAGGUUCUUGGUAACGGAAAGCUGCCCGAGAAGCCCGUCAUUGUGAAGGCACGCUUCUUCUCCAGGAAGGCUGAGGAGAAGAUUAAGGCCGCCGGUGGCGUGUGCGUGACCACCGCAUAAGAAGCCCAAGCAUCUCGCUUGCGCUUCUGUGUCUGUGUGUGUUUCGUCUGCUUGCUCGCCUGCACUCCUUUCUCUUCACACCUGCCCUCGAGUUGAGUCUUGAUGAUCAUUGAAAGUAAAAGACAGACCGGGCAAAGACUCGUUUUGCCAGAAGCCAAA